AUGUCGACCGACGAAUGGCUGGAUCGGGUGAUGCUUAUAGAGCAGGCUGUCGCCAAGUGCCGCGGAGAUGUUGCGCAUGCUCAAUCGGCGCAGAAUGAGGAGGAACUGCGGACGGUCAUCACCACGAUGUGUCACGAUAUCAUCGGGAUAAUCGGAAGACCUCAGGUUGAGAGAUCAUUGCAAGCAUGGUCUGAAGUAUAUCCAGAGCAAGAGGGCACCAAGUUGAUAGAGAAGACGAGCAUUUACCGCCAUUUGCAACAGAAGAAUGCGCCUUGGGCCCCUAUAUCCGAGAAGGAUGAUAUAAGGAAUGAAAAUCAAGUUGUUUCAUUGAGGCCGACACCUGGGACCUCAUCUUCGCCUCCAUCGGUACAAGAAAUGGAUGUCCAGAACCAGGCGGAGAGACUUCGGGAUGCUCUUUGUCUACCGCCUCUCCGACGUGCCUCUGCAGACAAUAUCAAUCUGUCGCAUCCAAGAUAUAUAUCUUACUUGCCACCAAGCCAUCAAAGAACCGCACACGAUGGUUACUAUUCUCCUUUCACGACCUCUCCGAAAACCCGAAGCAACCGCUCAGAGUCUCCAAGGGUUCUCCCCCCAAUCAUAUCAUUUGGCGACGACAUAGCCGAGUCGCCUGUCUUUCAUACGCCCCAGAGUAGUCGACGAGCAAGCCAGGUCUCCUACCCAGCCUCAGAUAAAAGUAUCGAUCCAUUCCAGCCGAUCCACUAUGAUCCAAAUCCUCACGAGAAGGCAGCGCCGAGUUCAAAGUCGCAUCCCACUAACAACAUGACAACUCCUGGCAACGUGGAUAAGAACAACGCGAGAAUGGGAAGAGGAAUUAUAAAAGGUCAGGGCCUUUUGCGGACCAUUUAG